AUGCAAGCCGUCCAAGCGUCGUCCCCCCAGGACGCGCGCCCUCUGCCGCUCUCGCCGCCUCGCCAAAAGGGCUCGUCCCUGGCCUCCAUCGCCAUCUCGUCCUUUGCUGCCUUUCGCUCGCAGCCCCCCCAACCUGCGCCCGCGCCCGCGCCGCCUCCUGUCGCUCUCCAGUCGCCAGUCCGGAGAAAGCCCCUGCCCGCCGAUUCGCCCAUCGUUGGCCGCUUUUCUGCCGAUCAAUUCACCAGCCUAAUUACCACGGCCACCGCUUCGCUCAAAGAGACGUCGCGCCCCGUCCCAGGCCCAUUGUCCCUCGAGACCGUACUCGCGCCGCCCGUGAGCGACCAAGAGCUCUUUGUGCCCCGCAAUCUCGACGACAACCCACAUGGAACCACUCCUCUGAUCGGGAGCACGCCUCAGCCAUUACAACCCUACCCCACGCCCCAAGCUGCCGCCGCCGCCGCCGCCGCCGCUCCGUCUGCCCCUAGGCAUGAUCGCGCAGCCAGCACCUCACAAGCCCAGCGACAAAGCAGGACCGAGGCGCUGAGGGCUUUCGGUAUCAGCGGACCACCCGCCCGGUCUCCUACCCUACCCGUUAUGCCAUUGUACAACAAUACGAAUUCACAGAUACAACAACGCAAACUCGACUCGAACGGCGUCACGGACGACUUGAUGGACGGCUAUUCUUACACCACCGAAAACGACCCCCGAGCAAAACAAGGCGGCAAGCCUAAAUCACCCGUAGGAGGAGGCUUCACCUCUUUCUUUGGCUGGAAUUCGCGCCCGCAAAACGACGCAGACUCGCCGGCCACAGCCUUCUCCAACAACUCGUCUCCCGACCCCCAACGCUACAGCAAAACUAGCGGCGCCACCAAGGCCAAGCCCAACGGCCUUGACAUACCCGCCGCCAACUCCAUGAAUUCGUACUUCAACAUUCCCGGAACACCCCUUUUAUCAUCAUCGCCCCAAAUGAACGCCCACGUCGAGGAGCUGGAGCGCGAGCUGCGCGAAGUCAGCUCCGAACUCGCCGCCUCGAUCCAAAGAGAAAUGGAGUUGGAGGAUGAGGUCGAACGCUGGAAGGCCGAGAGUUCCACAGGCGUGGCUGACAACCGACGGACUAGUGACUACUACUCAGACUCCGGCACCAGCUCUAUCCGAUUUCCCAUUACCGAUCCAGAGUCUAAGCUAGAAGAGCUGGACACGCAGCGAAGAAAGGCCGAGCAGGAGCGCGCAACACUCAAGGUGCGCAUGGCCGAACGCUUACAAGAAGAGCUUCGUCGACGCAGAGACCUGGAAGAGCAGGUGCAGCAGCUUGAGGAUCAGGUCAGUGAGAAGUCGAGAGCCGGCUCCUUCGUUGAGACACCCAAAGUCAAAGAGCUCUCACUGUCGCUCGAAGAUGCAAAGAGGCGGUUGGCGGAAGAACGACAAGUCAAGGAGAACUUUGAAGACCUCCUGACAGCUCUUCGCGAAGAGCUCGAGAAGCACCGCAACGAGGCCGACAACCUACGAGAUGAAAUCGUCCCACAGCUCAGGGCACGCCUCGAAGUCCUCGAGGCGGAUGCCGCUGACACCGAAAAACUCGUGUACGAGUCGAGCCGUAUGCAACAAGAAAUACAACAACUACGAGCUGAGAACGAGUCCCUCAUGGCUGCACGAAAGCAGCAACAGCAGCAGCAGCCGGUGCAAUUCCAGUCCAUUGCAGAGGAAGCAGACAUUGCGCCUCCACCGCCCAUGCGUGUUGGUCUGACGCGCUCAAACUCUCUGGCUCGCAGCUCAGCUGGACUCAACAAAAGGGGCUCGCUGUCACGGUCCAACUCGGUCAAAGACAGAUCAGGUGAUAUGUCUCCUGUUGCUGCGUCGACCGCCAGCAACCCAAUGAAGGAUUUAGAGGAGCAGCGAGAUGCACUCCACAAGGCACUCAAACACCUACUACAACGACAGGAGUUGCAGCAAAAGGAGUUCCAGCGACGCAUCAAGGAGGUCGAGGCCGAAAGGGAUGCCGCUCUGAACCUCACCCCUCGACGCACCGCGUUCCACCAGGAGGUGACGGGUCUGCGACGAGAGGUCGAUGCCCUUCGACGCCGUGCUGACGAAGCCCUCGAGCAAAAAUGGCAGUGCGAAAAGGGUCUGGGCGGAUUGCGAAUGGACCUGGACCGCGCCCAGCAAGAAACAGGCUCACUCCGUGAGCUCCUCCGAGAACACGACAUUACGAUACCUGAGAUUCGCAUCGACAACGAACCUCUAGCCUUGGACAAGGCUUACAACGAGCUGCGAACUACGCAUGCACUGUCCCUUGCUCGCGUCAAGCAGCUUGAAACAAGUGAUGGAGACUCACUCGGCGCCGCUAGUGCCGAAACCCAGAGGACGCUCGACUUGUUGAAGCAGAGCAUCUCCGACGCAGAGGCUGAGCGUGACUACGCCCAGAAGGAAGCGGAACAAUACCGCCAGCAAGCGCGUGCCUUGCAGCAAUCUGAGAUGGAGCAUCUCGGCAAGGAACAGAAGCUUAGUAGCGACCUGUUCGCUGCAACUACUCGAAUGGACGAACUCUCUGACAAGAUCCAACGUCAGCUGACGGCUAAUAGCGCUCUACGACAACGCCUUACUGAGGCAAUUACUCGUGGCGAGCUGGAGCAACAAAAGUCGGCGGAACAAAUCAUCCUGCUCGAAAAGAGGCUCAAGGCGGCCGAGGACAAGGUCAUGCUUGCCCAGCAGUCGUCGGAAGAGGCCAUUUCCCGUCACGAAGACGAAGUACAGGCCCUGAAGGAGGGCCACACGAACCACCUGCGCCGCACCAAGUCUGGCCUGCUCAGCCCUGCGGCCUUCUCGCCCAAGCUGCCCUCUUCGCCCGUCUUUUCGCAGAAAUCACCACGUCUCGGGGUGACGAGUAGCGGACCGGCCAUGACAUUUGCUGAAGCCACCAAGACGGAGAUGCUUGAGAAGCGUGUCGAGGAGCUCGAAAAGGCUCUCCGUGACGCUGAUCACGAAAUGCAGGAGGUUGUUGGUCGCAUGAACAUUGCGCAGAUGGAGGUUGCAGACUUGCAGUUUGAGAGGGACGAGGCCAUGAGGCAGACCAGAGGACUGCAAGCUGAAAUUGUUGCCGAACGCGAAAAGGUCAAGGCCUUGAUGGCAAAUGCUUAAGCCGCCUUACCGAGACAACGACCACCCACCUACUACGUAAUGUCUUCUCUUCGCCAAACUUACUUGAUACCGCCGGUAUCGUCUUUGGGACACAACCUUUCUGCAUCUUCGGCGUUUACCAAGCAAACAGCCAUCGCAUUUACACGGGUGCCACGAUCAUACACGCAUAUUACUCUUCACCAUCACAUAUUGUCUUAUUACAUAUUUUGCGGCCGUCGAGCCAAUUGCAUUUCUGCGGCUGGCAUAUAUUGUCGUCAGCGCUUUAUUAUACCCGUCGGUGGUACAGCGUUACACGACCUUUUUUUUAUAUUCUGUAUUCAACUGGUUAGGGUAGGGAGCCU